AUGUGGAAAAACCUUAUUGGGCCAGGCUUUUUAAUUGAGAGCCCAAAAUGCGAGCCCGAAACGAAUUUAAGAGCGGAACUGUGUAAGAUCUUCUUGGCUUCAAAAGUCUUAGAAACCAACGGUGGUGAUUGCGUGAGCUCAGAGAGAUAUCGGCGACUAUUCGUUCUUCUCCGCAAUUCCAAGAACCCUCCGAGAAGUUUUAACAGAAUGUCCGUCGAAGAAGACGCCACCGUUAGGGAGCCUUUGGAUCUGAUUCGAUUGAGUAUCGAAGAGAGAAUUUAUGUCAAGCUCCGCUCCGACCGUGAGCUCCGCGGCAAGCUUCACGCUUUCGAUCAGCAUUUGAAUAUGAUUCUGGGUGAUGUUGAAGAGGUUAUUACGACAGUAGAAAUCGACGACGAGACAUACGAAGAGAUUGUUCGGACAACGAAGCGAACAGUUAAGUUUCUAUUCGUGCGUGGGGAUGGAGUGAUAUUGGUGUCGCCGCCUUUGAGGACGACAUGA